GCAUAUAUUCUAGUUGGCAAUGAUUAAGUAAUCUCACGCGAAGAAUUGAUUUUUUUUUUCUUGGUCGUUGCUUUAUUCAGAAGAUGAAGCUAUCCUGUAUGCAAGCGAUACUCAUAUGCAACCAUCAUCCACUGUCUUAUCAUGUCAUCCUCACAGGAAAGACCACCUCCUUCGGGCUCCACUCCGACGAGAAGGAUAGGUCGCCCGCCAGCAAUUCGACCUCAAAAUGAUAAUAAUACAACACCCUCGAUCGGCACUAGAACGCCAUCUUCUUCAGUCACGCCUAUCCCGCGAAGUGCUUCAGGUUCCGGGCAAACGCAAUCUUUGAUUCCUUCAUCCUCAUCGUCAAUGUCAGUCAGACCAUCAAAAUCCGGUCAAAAGCUUCUCUUUCGACCAAAACAGCCUCUACGUAGGCCAAUUAAAGAAGAUCCAGACGGUCCAGCUUCUCGCUCUGCCUCGCCUGCAAGUAAGUUAAAUGGCACACCUUCUGUUUCUCUUUCUCCUUCUUUACAGACUUCAAAUACCGUCCGGCCACCAAGAAGAUUCAACGGACCAAAUGGAAGUGCAGCCAGACCUCCUCGUGGUCAAGCUACUAUGGUUGCUUCUGGACCAUUUGCUCAAGGCUCGGGUGCUGCAAGUCGUCGUGACCAUAGUAGAAAUGGAAACACUGUUGGCGGCACUGGCGGCCCCAGACAUGGUUUAUUGGCCAACAUCUCUAUGGAUGGCAUGCAAUCCUCUUCGUCUCGCUUAGAUUAUCGCGAACCUGACCGAGCAACAAAGAAGGAACGAGAAGACUACAGUGAUCCAGAGGAUGCAGGCAUUGAGAUUAUUGAUCUAGAAGAUGUUGAUCAAUUGGAUGAAUUGGCUCCCAAAUCUCUGCCAAGGAUGAUCAAAAAAGAAGAUCGUAAACGUGAUGCCAAAUCCCAUACACCGCAUCGCAUUGACGAAAAGGAUUCCAGCCGAACUUCUUCAAGGGAAACGAGCACAAUUCCUGGUAAAGAUGCAGAUUCACGCCAAGCAGAUGCUCUGGACCUUAGUGCAAGCGAAGAGGAAGAGGUAAUGGACGAUCUCUUGGAUGAUUUCGUGUCCAGACAAGAUGGAUUCGAUGAUGAUGAUGAUGAGCCAAAUGACCGUCUCUAUUUGUUCCAAUUCCCACCCUUGUUUCCAACAUUUGAGCUGCCUCAUACACAAGGAAAGGCGAGAAGUACUUUAGAAGAGAAGGAGACGUCCAAUGUAAAGCCAAGACGAUCGGUCGCAUUUGCCGAUGAUACUGUGGGAGGAGGAGGAGCGGCAGGCAUUUCACCGCGAGACUCGCCUGCAUCAAAGGUGAAAGAUGAAGAUCAUACGAAAAGAGAGAUUGACUUGGAUGGUAUCGAAGAUGAGGAACAAGAGCCAAAAGAAGGUCAAAUUGGUCGACUGGACAUCUAUCGUGAUGGAAGGGUACAAUUUAAUUUCGGAAAUGGCUUGGUGAUGGAUGUCACAGGAGGUUCUCAAUCCAGCUUUUUACAACAAGUAAUGAUCUUAGAUCCACAACAACAGAAAGCUACAACGAUUGGUGAAAUCGACCGAAAGUUCGUCGUUGCUCCAGAAAUUACGUCGAUGCUAGAUGAUGCAAGUUUGGCUGAAAGCGAGGCAAAUAUUCUGGCCGAUCCAGAGGGAAUGGAGAGGGUGAAAUGAGACUCUUGAUUAUUGGACGUUCUGAUAUGAAUUCGAGCAAUCUUAUUAAACCAUUGA